UUCUUUCAAACUACAAGGUCAAAUGUUUCAUCUGUCAAAUAUUUUAUCUGUCAGGUGUUUCAUCUGCAAGGUGUUUAUCUGUCAAAUGUUUUAUCUGCCAGGUAUUUCAUCUGUCAGGUUGUUUCAUCUGUCAGGUGUAUAUCUGAAAUAUUUUAUCUGUCAGGUGUUUAUCUGCCAGGUGUUUUAUCUGUCAAAUAUUUUAUCUGCCAGGUGUUUCAUCUGUCAGGUGUUUCAUCUGUCAUGUCUUCAUCUGUCAGGUGUUUUAUCUGUCAAAUAUUUUAUCCGUCAGAUGCUUCAUCUGCCAGGUGUUUUAUCUGUCAGGUGUUUCAUCUGCCAGGUGUUUCAUCUGUCAGGUGUUUUAUCUGUCAGGUUUUUCAUCUGCCAGGUGCUUCAUCUGUCAGGUGUUUUAUCUGCCAGGUGUUUCAUCUGUCAGGUGUUUUGUCAGGUUUUUCAUCUGUCAGGUGUUUCAUCUGUCAGGUGUCAGGUGUUUCAUUUGUCAGGUGUUUAUCUGUUAUCUGUCAGGUGUUUAUCUGUCAGGUGUUUAUCUGUUAUCUGCCAGGUGUUUCAUCUGUCAGGUGUUUUAUCUGUCAGGUGUUUAUGUGUCAGGUAUUUUGUGAGGUGUUUCAUCUAUCAGGUGUUUAUCUGUCUGCUGUCAGGUGUUUAUCUGUCAGGUAUUUAUCUGUCAGGUGUUUCAUCAAUCUGGUGUUUUAUCUGUCAGGUGUUUCAUUUGUCAGGUGUUUAUAUGUCAGGUGAUAUAUCUGUCAGGUGUUUAUCUGCCAGGUGUUUCAUCUGUCAGGUUUUUUAUCUGUCAGCUGUUUACCUGUUAUCUGUCAGGUGUUUCAUCUGUCAGGUGUUUUAUCUGUUAGGUGUUUAUCUGUCAGGUGUUUUAUCUGUCAGGUGUUUAUCUGUUGUCUGUCAGGUGUUUUAUCUGUCAGGUGUUUAUCUGUUAUCUGCCAGGUGUUUCAUCUGUCAGGUGUUUUAUCUGUUAUCUGACAGGUGUUUCAUCUGUCAGGUGUUUUAUCUGUUAUCUGCCAGGUGUUUCAUCUGUCAGGUGUUUUAAUCGUCAGGUGUUUCAUU